AUGGCUGCAAGUAAGGCGACUCGUCUAGGCGAGGAGUGCGUGUCCCCUCCAUGCGCAUUCAGAACGCGCAUCGAUAAGGUGAAUGCUGAGCUCGUCACCCUUACUUACGGAACGAUCGUGGCGCAGCUAUGCAAGGACUACGACAGUGACUACGCCGAGGUCAAUAAGCAACUAGACAAGAUGGGAUACAACAUCGGCCUCCGACUGAUCGAAGACUACUUGGCCAAGUCUAAUACGAUGAAGAGGUGCUCCAACUUCCGCGAGACGGCAGACAUGAUUGCAAGGGUCGGCUUUAAGAUAUUCCUCAACAUCACGCCGCAGGUAACCAAUUGGACGACGGACAGCAAACAGUUUUCGCUGGUAUUUGACGAAAAUCCCUUGGCGGACUUCGUGGAAUUGCCAGAUGAUGGACGAGCCCAGGACGAGCUGUGGUACUCCAAUAUAUUUUGUGGAGUGUUGAGAGGAGCUCUGGAGAUGGUGCAGAUGCAGGUGGAAGCACACUUUAUCAGCGAUGUUUUGAGAGGCCACGACACGACGGAAAUGAGGGUGUCACUGGUACGAUACAUUGACGAUGAAUUGCCGCCAGAAGACGACUGA